AUGCAGGGUAUGUCACAACCCGGCGCCGUGAAUGCUCCUGGCGUCGCUGCCACAAAUCGCUUUCCUGCUGGUUUCGUCCCCAACCAGCAAUACCUUUCUCACAUGCCGGGUAGGUCACAACCCGGCGCCGUGAGCACUCCUGGCGUCGCUGCCACUAAUUGCUUUCCUGCCGGUUUCGUCCCCAACCAGCAAUACCCUUCUCACAUGCCGGGUAGGUCACAGCCCGGCGCCGUGAGCACUCCUGGCGUCGCUGCUACUAAUCGCUUUCCUUCUGUUUUCGUCCCAAAGCCUAUGUUCCAGAAUGUUAGGAGGAACUUCACGCCUGGGUUUCAGCAGCAGCACAGUGGCAUUAUCGAUGCUACUACACAUGGUCAGAGUUUCGACCUCACACGGGAUGAUGGCGGGGACGUGCCUCCAACAUGGCCAACAACUCCUAACGUCCCCGUUCCCUCCGCGCCUACCAAGAGGAAGAGGCAGUCAGGAGAAGAAGACGAGGUACCAAAGGUACCAAAGAAGAGGGGCAGGCCUCCUAAGGCGAAGCCUAUGGACGAGGUGCCCAAGGUACCAAAGAAGAGGGGAAGACCUCCCAAGACUAGGCCGGUCGUCGUAGCCCAGGAACCAACUCCUGACACCACCACGACCACCAACUCCUCAUUAGAGGAACAAUUCGCGUUCGAAGCGACCCCGUUUGCCGACUUCAACGAGUACACCAUCGACGCACGCGUCGAGGCAGGAACCCCCUGCCGCCUACAAGAGCGUGGGCAAGACAGCAUCGAAGCUGUAGAAACCGUUGACAACCUCCCGGCCUUCUCUUUCCCCGCGUUUUCAGCGGCUGAGAGUAUAUGGGCGGACGCCCCGAUGGUCCAAGAACCUUGGAUCAUGGAUGUGGCGCCCGCUGACGACCUCCCGGCUUCCUUUUUCCCGGCGUGUCCAGCGGUUGACAGUAUGCUGGAGGACGCCACGCUACCGCAAGAAUCUGAGAUCGUGGAGCGGGGUUCCUUUGAGGAGCUCAUGGAUGCCUUUGAAGCUAGAGCUGCAGCGGAUGAUUUGGCUGCGAAUGCGGCAACAGACGAGUUUGUGUGCGGCUGGAACGAUAAUCUGGAGGAUCUGAUAUUUUGA